AUGUGGAACAAAACCAUCCUCAUCGCAGCGCUUACUCUGGUUACUCUUCCGCUUCCCGGGGUCUGGGCUUACCGCGUCCCUGACAACAGCGUCCUGUGGAGUCAAGGUUCUACGCUCGAGUCAGCUGUCACUAACCUCAAGGGCCUGAUCAUGGACGGCAUUCAGCGAAGCCAGUAUGAAUACCCGGUACCAGACAAAGAUGCCGUCGAGCUUUUCUUCCACGACGUCUUUCGCCAGCGUCAGAGAGCUGGUACCAAUCCCCAAUUCGACAUCACCGGAUUGCAGUGGAACAUGUGGUACAACCGGCGAGCUCGAGCCUUGCACCAAAAGUGGACGUCGGAGCUUCGGGCCGCAAGAACUACAGGAGGCCUGGGCGGCGCGCUCGCCACCUAG